AUGACGGUUUUUAUCGCGUCCCUUUUUCUCCCAUACACAGUCAACUUUAAAGUCGGCACUUCUCGUAGCAGCUCUCGCAGCAGUGGUCGUCCACCAGUUCCUCUUCCCAUUCCCUCGGUCGACUCGAAAGCUCCGCUCAACGCAGCUGCGAGUCUCUUUGAAAAGAAUAACCCCAAUGUUCAACCAGGUCUCACUCCCGGUGCGACUACCGACCAUGAGCGCAUUUUUGCCAGUAAGUUAGCCAAAGCCGAGACUAGCCACUCUGGCUAUCCCUUCCCUCCGGAAGGUGCGGAGAAUAACCACCUUCUUACGGAGAGUGAAGCCCAUUCUCCAGCUUGGGGUGCGACUACAUCUCUGCUCCAGCCAAAACCCCAGUCAGUUCCGUCGCCAUCUCCCUCAAUUCUCAAGCACGAUGAGCACGUUACGCCAAACAAGGUUAUUGCUGCCCAAAAGACUCCCGAAAGCGCGCCGGUUCCUUCUUACAUCCAUGAAUUCAAGCGCAACUCACUUCAUAACUCACUUCACCGAAAAAUAUCAUUUUCUAAGGCUGAUUGGUCCAUUCAAAAGGCCGAGCAAGGUAACGGCGGUCUGCGCAAUGCUGUGCGUUCCGCAAGUGAUGCCGGUCAGUUGGAAAAUAUGAUGUGGGUCGGCACAUUGGGCAUGCCCACCGAUGCCCUUUCCGAUUACACUCGCAAUGAUAUCGCAGAGCGUUUGGAGGACCAAUACGACUCGUUGACGGUAUUUGUGAGUGAUGGUGAUUUUGAUGGCCACUAUACCCACUUCUGCAAGACCAUCCUCUGGCCAGUCUUCCAUUACCAGAUCCCGGACAACCCGAAGAGUAAGGCAUACGAAGACCAUUCUUGGAUUUAUUAUGUCAAAGUCAACCAGGAAUUCGCCGAGCGCAUUGCUAAGAACUGGAAGCGUGGUGAUUCAAUUUGGGUUCAGGAUUAUCAUUUGCUGCUUGUGCCGGCCAUGUUGCGCAAACUGAUUCCAGAUGCUCAGAUCGGUUUCUUCUUGCACAUUGCUUUCCCCUCUUCGGAGGUGUUUAAGUGCAUUGCUCCGCGCAAAGAACUUUUAGAGGGUAUUCUCGGUGCCAAUCUCAUCGGGUUCCAGACUAGUGAGUACUGUCGACACUUUUUGCAGACCUGCAGUCGUAUCCUGUGCGUGGAGGCUACCCCGGAAGGAAUCCAAAUGGAAGAUCGUUUCAUCAACGUGGGGACCUUCCCGAUUGGUAUUGAUCCUACUUCUUGGGAUAAACGCCGUAGGUCAUCGGACGUGGAAAGAUGGGUGGAUACUAUUUCAGAACGUUACCACGGGAAAAGAUUGAUUGUCUCUCGUGAUAAAACGGAUUCAGUUCGUGGCAUUCGCCAGAAGCUUCUGAGCUACGAAUUGUUUCUCAAUACCUAUCCUGAGUGGGCGGACCAGGUGGUCUUGAUCCAGGUUGCAACUAGCACGACGGAGCAGCCGGAGCUGGAGGCAACUAUCUCUGAUAUCGCUAUGCGGAUCAACUCUACGCAUUCGACCCUGGCUCACCAGCCUCUAGUUUUCUUGAAACAAGAUCUAGCAUUCCCACAAUAUCUGGCCCUCAUUACUGUGGCAGAUGCUCUCAUGAUCACCAGUCUUCGUGAAGGUAUGAACUUGACCAGUCACGAAUUCGUUUUUUGCCAGGAUGGCAGCUACGGCAACAAGAAAUACGGAUCUCUCAUCCUUAGUGAGUUCACUGGCAGUGCGUCUGUUUUCGGAAGCCAUGCGCUCUUGGUGAACCCAUGGGACUAUCGCCAAUGCUCAGAAGCCAUAUACACAGCUCUGACCCGGGAUGAAAAAACGCGAAAGGAGGUAUGGGAGAAAAUGCUCCGCGCCGUCUUGAAGAACUCAACCGGUAAUUGGGUUAAGUCAUUUAGCCAAACUUUGAAGCGGGUUUGGAACGAACAGUCAUCGCGUGAGAUUAUGGCUGUGCCUCGACUUUCGAUUUCUCGACUUACCGAGCAGUACCGAGGCAGCAAGCGCCGGCUCAUAAUUGUCGAUUAUGAAGGCACUAUGGCAUCGUGGGGAUCCCCACACAGUAUCAUUCUGACAACCCCACAGCGUGCAAUCACCGCCCUGACUGACCUCACCGAUGAUCCAAACAACAUUGUAUACGUCAUGAGCUCCCGCAUGCCGGAGGAGAUGGAGCGUCUGUUCCGUCGAGUCAAUAACCUCGGCCUCAUCUCCGAGAACGGGUGCUUUACGCGCGAUCCUCAAUCCGAUGAAUGGACCAGUCUCAUCAACAUGGACCACGUUCAUGAAUGGAAAGAGUCAAUUUCGAAGAUUCUGGGCUACUUCAAGGAUCGCAUCGAGGGUGCCUGGAUCGAAAAGCUGCACUGCUCGCUUAUUUUUCACUAUGGAACGGCUGAAGAUUCUAUAAGUGCUGGUCGUCUCGCUGCUGAGUGUGCAGACCAUCUCAAUGACGCUUGCGCGAACCAGCACGUGCACGCCGUCCCUAUCGACGGCGCUCUGGUGGUCGAGACUGCAGGUAUUAACAAGGCAUCAGCAGCCGAGCUGGUCUGGCGCUGGUGCUUAGAGGCCGCGGAAAAGGACGAGAAACCAAUUAAGCCUGAUUUCUUACUAGUUAUCGGUGAUAAUCGUGAUGAUGAGCCCGUGUUCCGCUGGGCCAACAAGCUGCAGAGUACCAAGGCAGUUGACUACUCGAUGACAGUCACUUUGGGAUCACGCAGUACCGAGGCCAAGGCCACAUUGACGCAGGGUGUUACAGGCGUUCUUUCUUGUUUGCAACAAUUGGUGGCUCCUUCGGAGCCCCAGUCAUUGCCCAUUUCGGCAUGA